AUUAUUGUUCUUUCAAACAAAUGGGGAAUUGAAAAAGUUCAAGUUUGCCAGCUUGAGAGAGCGAAGACAUUCUAAAUCGGACGCAACAAAAAGUCCAAAAAAUUUUCAUUUUCAAUUUGUGUCUACUUUUGGUCUCAUCAUAUGCACUAGAGUGACAGUUUGCCGAACCAAGUGAUUCCUAAGAGGAACAAAGCUCCACCAUUUGUCCUCACUCUACUCUCUCUCCACUUUGUUUGCGACGCCUAUUUUGACCUUGCGUUUCGUAGCUUCACUCAAUUUCUUUGUUUAGAAGAGGUUAAGCAUAACUAGUACAUUGGAAAGAUGGAUCAGAUCACCAAUGUUGUGGAAUAUGAGGCCAUUGCAAAGGAGAAAUUGCCAAAGGUGAUUUAUGACUAUUAUGCAUCUGGUGCAGAGGACCAAUGGACUCUCCAAGAGAACCGGAAUGCAUUCUCAAGGAUUUUGUUUCGACCUCGUAUUCUUAUUGAUGUAAGCAAGAUAGACAUGACCACAACAGUGUUGGGCUUCAAAAUUUCAAUGCCAAUCAUGAUUGCUCCAACAGCUAUGCAAAAAAUGGCCCACCCUGAAGGAGAGGUUGCAACAGCAAGAGCAGCAUCUGCUGCCGGCACAAUUAUGACAUUGUCCUCGCUUGCUACUUCCAGUGUUGAAGAAGUUGCUUCUACAGGACCUGGCAUUCACUUUUUCCAGCUCUAUAUGAUCAAAGACAGAAAUGUGGUUGCACGACUUAUUAGAAGAGCUGAAAGGGCUGGCUUCAAGGCAAUUGCUCUCACUGUGGAUACUCCAAGGCUUGGCCGUAGAGAAGCUGAUAUUAAGAAUAGAUUUAGUUUGCCAUCACAUUUGACAUUGAAGAACUCUGAGGGAUUAGAUGUUCGGAAGAUAGAUAAGACCAAUGACUCUGGACUAGCCAGACAUCUUGCCGAACAAGCUAACCAGUCUCUUAACUGGAAGGAUGUAAAGUGGCUUCAGACGAUCACCCAUUUACCAAUCCUAUUGAAAGGUGUUUUAACUGCUGACGAUGCAAGUCUAGCAGUACUAGCUGGAGCCGCAGGAAUAAUUGUGUCGAAUCAUGGAGCUCGACAACUUGAUUAUGUCCCUGCAACAAUUAUGGCUUUGGAAGAGGUUGUUAAAGCUGUGCAAGGCCGAGUUCCUGUCUUUGUGGAUGGUGGGGUCCGGCGUGGGACAGAUGUCUUCAAAGCAUUGGCUCUUGGAGCAUCUGGAGUAUUUAUUGGAAGGCCAGUAGUGUUCUCAUUAGCUGCCGAUGGUGAGGCUGGUGUAAGAAAAGUACUCCAAAUGCUCCGAGAUGAGUUUGAGCUAACUAUGGCGUUAAGUGGUUGCCGCUCACUCAAGGAGAUCACCCGCAACCACAUCGUGGCCCCCUGGGAUCUUUCACAUAUUGCACCCCGGAUGUAAAGAUAUUGAUUACAGUAUUUUCAAGCAUGUUGAGUGGAUGUUUGGUCAAAACUUGCUCUUGAUCUGAUAUUCAACCGAAGGACUUCCUUAUCAGUAUAGCAUCUUGAAAUUGACCGGUUGGAUUUUUAAUCAAACUCUCCUGCUUCUUGGCGUGGUUCUAUUGGUUCAAUUCAUAGAGACAUAACCUGUUUUCAUGUUUUUUUUUUAUUUAUAUUUACAUAAACUAUUUUCUUCUUCUUGUUGUAUUCCAUUCCAUUCCAUCUUGUGGUAGGGGUGAGCAACGGAUAUUUUGAUUUAUCCAAAUUGACCGAAUCGAACUGAUCUGUCGCAA